CUGCUAUCUCAGCAGAAGUGGGCAAGCUAAGUCACUAAAGUAAUUAACAAAAGCUUAAAUUGCCUAAAAGUUAACUUAAAAGUAGUAACUUGCAGCAAACUGCAAAGUUACUAUAAAUUUAAAAAUAAUGUUCAUGUAACUAGUAAAGUCUUGAAAGGUUAGUAUCAACUAUCAAGAGUAUAAAUAAGUGACAUGGUCAUGGCUAUGACUAUGACGAAACAAGAUUUUUUUAAAUAUAACAAUUUAUUAUAAUCAUUAUUAAAUUUUAAUAAUUAACCUCAUUGAACUCAUUCAGUGAAAUUAUCAUUGAACUAUAACUCAUCAUUGAGUAGUCAAUGAUUGACUUAUACUGACAAUCAUACUGUCAACUCAAUGAAGUCAAUGUCAAAAUAAUUUAGCAGGCAAUAUUAAUUAGGUGUAUGGCCUAUGCCUAUACAGUUAUAGUAUACUAUUUUAUACAUUUCUCUUCUAACUUUCAGGAAAAUUGUAUUUUACUUUGUGAUUGUGUCAUUCAUUGGGUCUCAAACUCACAGCCUUCCAAUAUUCCUCCUCCCACCUGAAAAGGGAUAUGUAUAAGAAUACAAUAUAUCCCCCCAUCAGUUAUAAAUAAGUGUGUUGCUGCUUCUUUGUUAAUGGACAUAUAUAUUAAAAAUUUAUACUCAUGACUCAUGCAGAGUCCUGUAAACUAUUAUAUCUGAAAAGCCUACUAAAACUAGUUAAAGUAGAUUGUCUGAUUCAAAAUAUCAACACACAAACCAUUCAGUAAGCUAACAAUUGUUAUGGCUAAUUUGAGAAAAUACUUAACCAGUGCUAUUUUCUGUGAAGAUAAAUUUUGUUUCAGAGAGCUCUAAAUUUUAACAGUAAGUUAGCCAUACUUAAUUUUAAUCUAAGCAGUAAGUGAGCCUUACUUAAUCUAAAGCAUGUUUUCCCAAUCAUUUAUAGUCUGCACUCCUAUAAUUAUUUGACUAUGAAUGCCCACUCAAUAAAUGCAAAUUUAUUGAUACAUAUUUUAAAGUUAAAGCUUCAUCACUUUGAAAGAGAAACUUAUUUUUUUGCGAAGACACUAUAAAAGACUUUAAAAUAAUUUAUGAUUUUUGUACAUCUUAAAGUUAAUUUUUACUCACCCUGUCUUACACCCCUUGCAAAUUGGUUAAACCUCUUGCACCCACUACAAAAGUACCAUACUUAAUCUAGGGGGUAGCAAGCACAUACAUUUUGUCCACACAGCAAACAUCAGCAGAGAAGUGCUACCUAAGUUAGAAAUUGAAUGAGAAACAUCUUGUAAAGUUGCCUUAUCUGUUUUCAGACUAAAUUAAGUCCUAGUUUCUUUAUUAGUAAAAUAUCAUUCAUUAUACAGUUGGAAUUAUUAAUUGUGUCUGUUUCUCACAAGUUAAGCAUUUAAAUUUUAUUAGUUUGAUUUUAAAUACAAAAUGCUUGUGCACUUUUAUGCAGUUUAAAAUAUAUAAUAUAAAAAAACUAGAUAACAAUUUUAUAAAUAUUGUGCUUUGACAAAACAUUUCAUGUGUUUUUCGAACAAAGCCACGUCCUUUCAUUCCACAUGUUUGCUCAAAUUCUUUUGCUCUCAUGUCAAAUGUGGGCCGUAUCAGCUUCUAACUGGAAAAUUAAAUUAAAAUACUGACUCUAGGAUCAUCGUCAUUUUAAUGCAUUUGAUAGAUUUUGUUAAACAUUUUCUGAAAUAUAUUGAUUUUUUUUGUCAUUACGUUUGGUCUGGUAAUGGACUGGUAUGAAAUUAGCUCUAACAUCUGGCGACUACAAAAUAUAGAAAAUGUUUAUUUAGUGUUUACAAUGUACAAUAUAAUUGUAAAAACCCCAGUAUGUACAACCUCUAGGAUUCUGCAGCGAUUUUGAAGGGUUCCUCAAUAGAUUUGUUAGAACUAGAGAGUGACAGAGUCAGAAAACAAUUAAAUUGGACUGUAAACCACCUUUGAAAAUCAGGUUUGCCUGAAAAAUAUCACUAGCUUGAAGGUUUAUAAAGGCUGAAAAAGAAUGAAAUUUUUUUGUACUGUAGGCUAUCAUUUACAUUUGGGUGCCUUUGUUCUCUUUAUCGAUGUAUUUAUUUGUUUUGUUUACAAUCCAUACUGCUAGUAGUUUAUAUUGAUUAGUGAGCCCUUGUAAAAUCAAUAACGGUCUCUAAAGUGUAUUUGAGAAGUACUAGGGACAAAACUGGAAGAUUUUGCAAAGAAAGAUAUUUUUUGAAGUUGUAUAUAAGUUGUUGUAACUUCACUUACUUUUUAAUAAAUAAAAUUACUUAACAGAUCUCAUGAUAUCAAUACAUCUUACAUUUUAUGUUUGAAUUUUUUCUUUUUUAUAUAAGACUGAAAUGUCAACUGAUUGAACUUAAAAAUAAAGACUGAACGAGCCUCAACUGAAUAAGAAUGCGUAAGCCUCGAAUACGAUUUGUGGUAAAGCUUGGUGUGGUUAUCAUUGCAAUGCUACUACUGGGGCCAUACUUAUUUCAUUUGAAAUUAUCCGAAGAUGUUCAAGAUGAUGCAGAAACAUAUCGAAAGUGGCGGGUAAGAGUGUAAUUACUAAGUGAAUGGAAGUCUUAACAGUUAUAUUAUAAAAUAAUGUUUGAUUUUUUUAAAAUUCCUAAUGAUUUUCUUAAUCUUUAUUAGAAAAAGUUGUUAAAACUGGUCUUACUUCAUCUAAUAGCAGCAGCAAAAGGGCAACUUCAUUGAAGCAAAAGCUGAACCAGAAAGUAUGGGUUCUGAUGAAUUUCCACAGCCCAGGAGUGAAAAGGAGAAAGCUGUUUUAAAGAAAGAUUCUUUUGGAAAUUUUGAACCUCCAGAUUUACCAGGAGGGGAUAGACCAGGCUUGUGAAUUUUUUUUUUAAUUUGUAAAAAAUAUACAAAAAUUAUUUUUAUUCUGAUAUAUUAUAAUGCAAGAUUUUAUGUAGCCCUUUUAGGAUUCCCAGAAAAAGAGGCGUUGAUCCUCAAUCUGAAAUAGUGCAUUUCAAAUAGAUCUGCCUAAAUUUUCGGGUGUCACACAUGGUUAGGAAAUUCACAGGCUCCGAAAUUUUUGAGUGUGUAACAUGCAUCAUUGAUCUCCCUUGAAGCAAUUGAUCGUAACAACAAUUAAAUACUAUUAAACUUGAAGAUUGAAAGUAAUCCGAUAUUUUUUUAUUUUACUUUUGUAUAGGGGAGAUGGGGAAGCCAGUAACUAUUUCUGAGGAUGAAAGAGUUCAUGCAGAUGAAACAGUGGGGGAAUUUGGUUUCAACAUGGUGGCAAGUGAUAAAAUGGCAAUGAAUAGAACUAUUCCAGAUACAAGAUUGCCAGAGUAAGUUUGUCUUGAUGUGUACAGUUUUUACAUUAGACAUAGGAAUUUAAACAACUAUGUAACUUAAGGUAAAUAAAAGUCUCUUGAAAAGUAGGACAGGUAUUUUCAAAGCAUCUGCAACAAUAAUUAAAAUAUAAAAAAUGCAAAAAUAUUAAAGUAUAUAGAGAUAAGUAUAUUUUAUCUGUUGCUAUGUUAUAUUUGUGCAGUUUUUUCUUCGUAAGUAAGGUUUAAAUGAAAACUUUAAUCCCUUUUUAUAAUCUGUACCUCUUUACUUUAUAGUAAUAUUUUACCUAAAUAUUUUACAGUAAAUACACCAGCAUAUACAUUAAAUAUCUAUGUUGUAAUUCCAGAUGCAAGCAUUGGCACUACUCGACCAAUCAGCCUAAAGCUAGUGUUAUAUUAGUAUUUCAUAAUGAAGGCUUUUCAACCCUGGUGAGAACUAUUCACAGUGUUGUCAACACAUCACCUCAAAAAUUCCUACAUGAAGUUGUAUUAGUGGAUGAUUUUAGUACCAAAUGUAAGGGAACUAUAUUUUACAAUCAAAAUAUAAUAUUCAUAAUAUUAUAGAGCAUUUCCCAACUGUAGCCAAAACUAUGAUAGAUGUGACCGUUAAAAGAAUGGUCAUUAAAAUUGCAUCCUCUUCAAAAACAUAUUAUUAUAAUAUCAUUUCAGGAAAUCGUUUUCUAAGAAAUAAAAACAACAUUAAAAUGUAAUUACAUACUGUAUUCUAAUUGCAAUUAACUCUUGAAACUUAAUGAUAAAUAUUUUUAGACAUGUAGUUUGCCCCAAAAAUGUGUGCAUGGCAAUAGCAAGGCUAACCCGAAUCGUAAAACUUCAGAAACAAAAUGCUUAAGCUUUAAACCCUGAAGGUUUUUAACAAAAGCAUGACCUUUUAACAUUUAUUUCCAACAGCUCAUUUAAAAGAAAAACUUGAAACCUACGUAAAGAAAGAGUUUAAAGGUCUUGUGAAGCUGUACCGAAAUUCUAAACGUGAGGGUCUGAUCAGGACGAGGACUAGAGGGGCUGAGCUUGCCACUGGAGAAGUUGUUGUUUUCUUAGAUGCACACUGUGAGUGUAAUAGAAACUGGCUUGUUCCACUACUUGACAGAAUUCGACAGGACAGGUGAUUAAAAAACUAUCUUAUUACAUGUUUCAUGUCAAUGCUCUCGGGAAGAGAAAUUAUAUGUGUCAAAGAAUGAGGUGAAACAUCAACUACAAGUUAUGUUUGAAUGCAAUAUCUUAAAUUAAAAUAAGCUCUGUUUAAUAUAUGUCUCUCUUAGGGUGAUUUGCAAUAUCAAAAUUAGAAUUAUUAGUUGGGAUGUAGUGGUGCCUUAAAGGAAUAUUCAGAUUCUUUCUUUUAUAGUUGCUUUAUAUUGCACAUGCAAAGCAGUGGAGUAACUGGGGGGGUGUGGGAUGUGCAAUACGCGCCAGGUGACACCAUUUCAGGGGGUGACACUGAAUUGAAAAAUUGCAUAUUGCUGCUCUGUCUAAAUGAAUUUCAUAAAAGGAUUACUGACCACCCGUAAAUUUUCCACACAUGUAACCAAGCUAAAUGCGUUCUUUAUUAAAAGUUAAUGCGUCAGAAAUGAGAUGACCCUAUAAUUAGGUCAGAAAAACAUCAUUUUAAACAAGAUUUAAUGAUGAUUGAAAUGUUCGUUACCAGUAACUUUUAAAAGUGACAGGCAGCUAUAUUCAUCUAAAUUCUGAGAAAUAAAGCUUUCCAUUGAUUCAAAAUUUUUAAUACAAUGUGGUCUGCGAUUCUAAGGACAUGAAUUGAAUCUGUAAAGAUGAAAAACAUAAAAAAAUCACUUUUUACCCAUUGAUAAGGUUAAAAAAAUAAUAUUUUACAAAAUUUUCUAAUAUCUUUUAAUAAUUUAUUUAAAUUUUAGAAUAGCGUUUUUGUAACCAAAUAUAUUGAAACCCGUAUAUACUCAAAAAUUAAUAUUUGCGCCGAUUUGUUAGUAGCACUGCAUUUGAGCACUAUUGUCAUAUUUCGACUGUUUGAUUUUACCAGCCACCUUUGUGUUGUAUUUUUGAUAGCUGAUUUGUUUUUGAACUGCUGUUAGUAAUUAUUUUGUUUGUUGUCUUAAACACAAAGCAAUUAAUGCAUUUUAUUGUUCAAGAUUAUUCUAUCAUGCCACAUGGCAUGCACAAAUCAAAAUGGCCAAGUGGCUACCAGCAGCAAAAAACAAAAAUGAAAAGAUGUCUCACUAAGAUUACUACCAGGAUCCAUGCUUCGAGAUUUCAAGAAACCAAAUGAUGACCAGGGUUCAUCAAAAGACUACCAUUGAUUCUGAUACCUCCAUUACCAGCAGCAUGCAUUCUAUGGAACAGCAAAUAGUGCAGAAAAUGGAAGAGAUUGUUGUGGAAAUAAAAAUAAAAGACAUGGAACUUUGGAAACGGAAAUGGGUGCUGAUAAUGUUGAUUCAAACCAAGAUUCUGUAAAUGUGAUGGUUAAUGAGAAAAACUGGAGUAUUUUAUCAGAUGCUUCUCUCUGGAAUGAACCAGUUCCAGAUCAUUUUCUGUCUGAAAUGAUUAACAUAUGGAGUACCUCGUUUCAGAACAAGGACGGACCAUUCAGUGUAGUGACAAGGCAAGAUGUGAAAUCUAAAAGAGGCAUGCAGCUAUCAAAACAAUGGUUCUACAGGAUGAUGCCAAAUGGCAAGAAAAUACUGCUGUCAUGGAUGGAAAUUGGUCAUUGGUUAGUCAGAAAUUGUACCGUUUUUGCUGCAGAUUGUUUGCUGUUAAUGUUACAGAAACAACUUCCAAAUUUGUUACUGGCUUUGAUAAGUGGUGAAAACUGAGCCCAAAAUUAAAAAACAUGAGGCCUUCAAUUGUUUCUUACGAUCUUUGUGUCUGUGGCUUCAUAUGAGUGGAGCUUUUCAAAACUAAUGCUUAUCAAGAACUAUUUACAAUCCAUCAUGGGACAGUGGAGGCUUUUUGACCUCUACUAUCAAUUGAAAGUGAUAUGGUGAAGGAUAUUGAUUUUGAUCAAGUGAUUGACAGGUUUGAAGCUUUGAAGACCAGGAAAAGAACAUGUAAAAUAAAGUAAAUUUAAUGUAAAGAUAACUAUAACUUAAUGUUGUUAUAGUUCUUAAAUGCAUUUACCUCCUGACCUUCAAUUAAUUUGUUUUUGUUCUUGUCAAUGUUAUAAUGUGGACUUAUUUUAACAAGAAGAAAUCCAUCAUUGGAAGUCGGGGGGAGCGGCAUGACACCAUGAGUUUACUGCACCGGGUGACACCAACCCUAGCUACGCCACUGCAGCAAAGUAUAGUGAUAUGAUAAAAGUUAAUAGCAAUCCAUUGUCUUACAAACUCUGGUAAUCCAAAAGAAUUAUAACUUGUUUAAUACCUAAUGAAUUUGCAUCAUUUAUAACAAAGAAAAAUUAGAUGGUAUUAUAAAAGUUUUCUUUGUGGAGCUAUAGAAAUUAGAGCAAUGUUAAUCUAUUUCAGAACUAUCAUGGCUGUGCCAGUCAUAGAUGGAAUAGACUUCAACACCAUGGAAUAUACUUCUGUUUAUGGCAGGACACACCACAGAGGAAUCUUUGAAUGGGGCUUUUUCUAUAAAGAAGCACCAGUUCCACAAAAAGAAUUAAGCAGAAGAAAAUACAACAGUGAGCCUUACAGGUAGUUUUUUGGGGGGUAAAACUCAAAUUUUAUAACUAGAUCUGCAAAUGCAUUGGAUACAGUAGGUGGAAUAAAAAUUCUGGUUCAUGUGAAACCUGUGGUGUUGAGGCUUCUGAGAAGUAAAGACAUGUGCUGGUGCUAUGUUCUGAUGUUUUUUUGCACUAUAUCCCUUUAUAUUUUGAAGUUUUUAAAACUUAAAUUUUUGUAUUUAAAAAACAGAUCACCUACACAUGCAGGAGGACUCUUUGCAAUCGACAGAAAAUAUUUUUUUGAACUUGGGGGUUAUGAUCCUAACUUGAAAAUUUGGGGUGGAGAAAAUUAUGAGCUGUCAUUCAAGGUAAGUGUUUACAUUUUUAUAACACAAUAUAAUUAUGGAAUAGUAAAAAAUUAGGAAUCAAGUGAACACAAAAAUCUCUGUACAUUAAAUCCAUGACACAAUGCAAAAACUGAAAAGAGGACAAUAAAAUAUGCUUUUGCUUAAAUUGUUUAAUUCAAAUCUAAAUGUGGCUUAUUUUCUAUCCUAGAUAUGGCAAUGUGGAGGCAGUGUUGAGUGGGUGCCAUGUUCAAGAGUCGGACACAUCUACAGGGAUCAUAUGCCUUAUGGUCUUGGUAAUAUAGAUACCAACAUGUCCCCUAUAUACAUUGUAAGUAGAGGUCAACCAGAGACAUAAAUUUUGCUGACAAGCAGAGUGAAUUAAAAAAUUUUCUAAAUAUCUAUAAAUCAUAAUAAAUGUCUUUUUUUCAAUGGAAUUUUGUUUUAAGAAAGAAGUUUAAUAGCAUGUGAAGAAAUAAAUCACUUUAGAUCCAGUACAGGACGAGGCAAUGUUACUGAGCCCAAUGGUUCCCUUCAGUGUAAGGCAUCUAUUCUCCUUUGUCCGUUGUGAGAACCGCAAAGUUCUGAGACCUAACUUGUGUCUUUCAUUACCUUAAGUACCUUAACUUUCAGUACCCAGUUCAGAGUGUGCUGUAAUUCCCAUCAUCAAUAGAAACAGCUACCGGUACUAUUAGAUGUUUGAAAAUGAAGAUCUUGACAUUUUAAAUGUUGUUUAUUUGAUGAUAUUUUUCAUAAAAGUACCGGUACCCUAUAUUUUCAUUCUUUAACAGAGUUAUGAGAGGCUUUAAAGUUUCCAUUCUUCUGAUAUUUGUUUUCAAUAGGAACUUGAGGCCAUUCUUUUCUUUCAUCUUUUUUUUUAAUGGUAAUAGGUAGGAUUUAAAUAUAUUGUUAUGUAAAGUUUAAUUUAUAUUAAUGUUAUUUGCUGAUGAAAGCAUUAGCAAUACAUUUAAAUUCUGUGGAAAGAGCUGAGUUGAAAACCAUGUUUUAAAAAAAAAAUAUCUUUAUAUCUUUAUAUUUAUUUCAAACCAGUUUUUCCAUAGUCCUUAAAUUUCAGUAUCUCUAUGAAAAUGUUUUUUUCCAGAACUACAUGAGGGUUGUAGAGGUGUGGAUGGAAGAUGAAUUCAAGAAUUAUUUUUACACACGUGAGCCAAGUUUCAAGGGAUAUCCAUUCGGCGACAUUUCAAAGCAACUACAAUUUAAAAAGGAACACAAUUGUAAAAGCUUUGGGUGGUUUAUGGAAAAUGUUGCCUAUGAUGUUUACGAUCAUUAUCCCAGGCCACCUCCAAACAAAGCAUGGGGGGAGGUAAGACAUUUUAAAUAUUUUGCUAAAAAAUUGUGCAAUGAACUAUAAAUUAAUAUGGUGUGCACAGGGCUGGAUUAACCAUUAGGCAAACAAGGCACGUGCCUAGGGCACCAAGCAUUUGGGGGGCACCACAAGACCUCAAGAAAAAUGUGUAUAUUGUCCCGGUAGCGUAAUUGCAUGGCAUAAGCAAAUCGCAAAUGUAAUAUUGAAUCGCACAUUAUUUAACCUUGGUCCCACAACCCGGGGGUAAGUUUUUUUGCUAUUUUUUGUUAUUUUUCUUCAAGGUUUUUUGGUGCUAUUUUUUUACUUUUCUAGGAUAUGUUUGUGCUACGUAACGCACUAAUGCGUAGCGACAAAUUCACUUCCGUUUUUGUCUGCUAGUGAAAACAAUUGUGAAUUGGGUCAGUCAAGCUCUACAAAAUGAGCAUGUGAACUUGAAAACGUGUGCUGAUUUGUAUUCUUCACUAGCAGAUCACUUGCAUGAAUCUAGGAAUGAAUUUGAAAGACUUAAAGAAGAUGCAAAAGAAAUAACACCAGGUAUGGAUUAUAAGUCAACUUUGACCCGUAAUCGUAAACGAAAGACAGUGGUCAUUGAUGGUGAUGCCCCUGAGGUAUCUAAGAAUGCCAGAGAAAAAUUUCGUAUAUCUGCUUUCUACACCAUUGUUGACAAACUUGAGACGGAGAUGAGUAGAUGAGGACAGGUAUAUAAUUAUCUAGCAGUUUGAUCUUCUUGUUGGUUUGAUUCACCACAAACAUCUCUGUGUUGUGAAGGACUAAUAAAUGCUUAUCCUGAAGAGCUGAACAAUAAUUUACAUACUGAAAUACAACAGUUCCACUCAUAUAUUCGCCACAAGUUUCAUGGAUCAAAAUCUGAGAACAACACGUUCAGUCACGCAGACCUCUACAAAGUAAUAGAGACAACAUGGUCUGUGCUUUUCCAAAUGUAGAAAUCACCUUGCACAUAUUUUUAACAUUAAUGUUUACGAACUGUUCAACUGAGCGCUCUUUUUCUCAGUUCAAACGUGCAAAAAAUCCAAGUAGAUCGACAAUGAAACAAGAAAGGCUUGAUUUCUUAUAUUUGCUGAUGGUUGAGGCAGACUUGUUACAAAAUUAACUUUGAUGAUGUAUUCAAAAACUUUUCCAGAUGUUAAUCUAGAAAAAGGAACUGUAAAAUGUAAAUGUGUGCUCUCUCUGACUUUCUUAUCUAUCAAAAAAGUUACGGUACAGUAUUUUUGUCGUAUUACAAAAUGAAUUAAUUUUAAUACAGAAAUACCUUAUUGUAGGUUUUAUAUGAGUGAUAGUAGUACAAACAUAUGUGUUUACUGUCAAGGGUAUGAGAAUCACUGUUGCUAUGUGUAGAUGAUUGUUUUCAUGUUUGAUAGGGAAAGAUGUUGAGUUAGAGAUUUUACGUGUAUCUGUAUCAUUUGUGUGAGAGUGUUGUGACGUAAUUAUGUAAGGGGAUAUGACGCGUUAGUUUUGUUGUUGAUGGAAGGAUAGAGAUGGCGGUUGUUGUGAUGGAAGAUUGAUGGCGGAUAUUAUAUUUUGACGGUUGGACUUGUGUUACUGUGUGCUAGGCUGAACCGAUUGGAUUAGUAAUCUGUAAUUAUAUCACAACCCUAGUUAAAGGAAUUGUUCUUAAAUAAAUUCAUAUAUUGCAACAAACCGUAAAGUGUUUGUUGAAUUAGAAACUGUUGCUAUUGGUUAUAUUGUUCGUGGGAUCAAGUGAGAGACUUAGCCAGAUAAGUAGACACUCAUUGCCAUGAAUGGAUAUAUUGCAACUCUAUAGAUUCAACGUGUCGACAUUGGGGGCCCAUCCGAACGAAUCAAGGGCUGUUAAGUAUCAUCCUCGUUUGAUCAUAGACUCAUCCUGUCUGAAGCUGGGAAGUAUUAUCGUCCAAACUAGUAAAAAGCUGUGAAGUGUGAGGCCGUCCGAACUAAGUUGUGAAGUACCAUCCCUGUCCGGGGCUGUGCAGUAUCAACCUACAGGGCUGUGAAGUCCGCUGUGGGAGGCGCUCGUUGGAGGCUGUGUGUUUCCCGUCCGACAGAAGCUCCUCUGAAGCUGUGAAAUAGCAUUCCCGUCCAAAGCUGUGAAACAUCGACCCGUCCGCUGUGUGAAGUAUCGUUGCACAUCUGUACGAGGCUGUGUGUCGCUUGUCUGGAGUUGUCUGAGGUGCUAGUCGGAGGCUGUGUGUCUCCUGUCCCAGCUGAGGCAACUGUCCAAUGCUGUGACCCGCUGGUUGGUGUGUUCCACUGAGCUUUACAAUGCUGUUGCAGUACACUGCUGCUGACGUAUCCUGCCGCUGUGUCCCGCUGAUUGCUGUGUCCUACUAUUGCUGUGUUUCGCUGAUUACUCUAAUCCGCUGGUUGCUGUACACCGCUGUUUGCUGUGUUCCCAUGUCCUUGGCACGAAGCAAAUCACCUAUGACCAGAUCGUCACUGUGCCGCUACCAGAUCAUCACAGCACCACCGACCAGAUCAUCACCUGUGCCGCCACCAGACCAUCGCCGCACCACCGACCAGAUCGUCACUGUGCCGCUACCAGAUCAUCACAGCACCUACAACCGCAUCGUCUCUGCAUCUAUGACCCGACCAUCACAGGGCCUGCUGCAGGGUCAAGAACGUGGCCCCAAAUCGGACACUACUCCAGAACACAUUAUUACUUAAAAACUGUGACAUUCUUCUUAUUUUGUGUGGCCAAGUCAAGUAAAGUUAGGUAAAAUAUUUAGAUACUCAAUUGUUAUUAUUGUUAUAUUGUUAUAUUAUUGGUAUUAAUAUAUUAAUUAUCUAAUAUAUAGUUAAACGCUGUGCAUUUUUAGAACUUAUAUUUUGUAAUAUUUUGUAGGGGUAAAUAAUUAUAAAUGGAAACAAGAAGCAAAGCUAAGAGAACCAUAUCGGAAAUAAUUGCCGAAAUUCGGGAGACGGGAGAAAAGGACCUCAGAUUUACGGGACAAGAGUUAGAUACAUAUGUAAGGGAACAAUGGAGAAGAAGGGAAGAAGAUGAGCAAGAAGAAAAGAGAAGAAUAGAAAAACAUGAACAUGAACUUAGGAAAUUAAAAAUAGAAACAGAUACAAAAAUUGCAUAAGACAAAAUAAAAAAUGGAGUUACACAACGUAAUGGUGACAAAACAAGACCUAACAAAAACGAUCACUUAUGCCUCCCUAAAUACGACAGCGACAUGGAACUGGACGAUUACAUUGUAAACUUAAAAUAUGGUACAUUGCCAGACAAAACGGGGAAACAAAAGAAAAAAUCAGGAGUCAAGAGUUUUAUGACAGUGACAAUAGCGAUUGUGAGGGAUUAGAAUGGGAUAGCUCUGGGAUAGACGGGAUAAUUAUUAUUAACUGUGGUAAUCCGUACACUAGAGAGAUUAGUUAUAUCGAGUGGUCAGGGAAUGAAACACAAGGUAGCCUUUACAGAGCAGAAGUAGAAACUAAGAAGAAUCAAUUCAGAUGGGAUAAUAAGCUUAAAACUUGGGGAAAAGGUAGAAAAUGAGGAAGGCGUUAGGGAAACUGAGAGGUCAUUAGGUGAGGUUAAAGAGAGUAAAGUUCAUUUAUUAGCUUAUGAAAAAGAAUUAAUUGAAAAUAUUACUGACUUUGUGGAAGAGGAUAGCUAUCCAGAGGAAUCUCAAGCCAUUGUAACGGAGUGCAGGACACGGAGUUCUCUGUGGCAUCUAGUGAGGUGGUAACCAUAAUAGAAAACAGAGGGGACGCACGGGAUACAGAUUUUUUACAUGUUCAACAUGAAUUUGGAUUUUGUACAGGAUAUGAUUUUUGAUGACAUACCACAUGACGCUUAUAAUAGAGUCCAUGUAGAUUUUGUUGAUGAAAAUGUAAUGUGUGAUUUUGGACAAUACAUUUUUUUUGAUUAAGUACAGGAUAAUACUUGUGAUACUGUACGGGCUGUUGAUUUUGAUAAUGCACAACAUGACAGCUGUGAUAUGACACACUAGAGAUGCUUUGAUAAUGUAACAGAGGGUUAUUUUGCUCUCGUACAACAGGGAUAUUUUGGGUUUUUGUGGCAGAGCUUUGUGGAAUUUCACAACUGUUUUUCUUUGUUAGUUUUUUGCAUAAUAUUGAACAUACCAGCAGUCAGUGGAGGAUCCGGGGCAGUAGGGGGCACCCAUGUGGGUUUGUGCCUAGGGCAUCAAGAUGGCUUAAUCCGGCCCUGGGUGUGCAAAUAUUUAACUUAUGAAUGGCCAUGACAUUUUUAAAAACUUUUCAGCAUAAGGUAAUUCUUAAAUAAUAUUACUUUUUUUUAAACUGAUAUUACAUGAAAAAGUGCAUUCAAUGGAAAGUGAUUUAAAUAUUUCCAGAUUCGAUCUCGUGGGACAACAGCUCGGUGCUGGGAUUCAGGUGCUAUGCAAAUGGAUAAAUCAAUAGUUUCAUUAGGCUAUUGUGAGGGACGCUCACAGGUUGGCUUUUUACUGUGAUAGCUGGAUUGUUUUAAUUUAUGAUUUUUAUGUGUCACCCAUGAUAUUUUGAUCCAUUUUAUAGUUAAAUAACUUGAUUCCCAUUACAUUAAAAUCAAUUUACCCACGCUACAGUAAAAUAACUUAUAUCCACAGUAAAAUCAUUAAGUUUUAAUAAAUAAUGAAUGCUUAAUAAAUAAUUUAGGCCUUUUCCAAAUGUAUGCAUUCUGACAUCAAUACAUGUAUUAUUUUAAAAAUUGUUUAAGUGUUAUUAAAGCCUUUCUGCAGCCCCUACUUUUUAGGGAUUAUUUUUAGACCUAUUGGUUAGAAGGGCUAAGAAGAUUUUGAAAGUAAACGUUUCAAAGAAAUCUAAAUAUGUUUUUCAAUGUAGGAAUGACUUUUUUUUUGCUGGUCCUAUGUUUAAGCACUAAGAGUUCUCUGGAUCCAUCUUAAUUUCGCAAGCGCCCCCCCCCCCCCCCCCGGGGUUUUUGCCCCAAACAAAUCCAAACCGGCCCGGUGUUUUUGGGCCAGAAAAAGUAAAAAGGUGCCUGUGGGGGGGGGGGGGGGGGGCAUGUAUGACUUCUUGUGGGGGAAAUUAAAAAAUUAAAUUUCAAAAUAUUAAUUUAGUUCAAUCAUUUAAACUUUAUUAUGUUAUUGUUUUUGAAUGUUCAAUGUUUGAAAUACUAGGUACCUACCGGGUAGUACAAAUGAGACUCAUAAUUAAUAUCACCAGGAUUCAUUGAUUUUGUCAAAUGAUCUUCCAAUGAAGUGACACAGUUUGACCCCAAAAUCUACUCUCAUUUGUAAAUUGAUAGACUUCCAAGAUAUGUUGAAACAUUAAUCAAGAAUUUUCAACGACACAAGAUAGCACAAUCUUCUUUGCAAUCUUGUCUCGCUUAGAUAUAGUAGUGGGCUCUUAAAAUUGGGACAGGGCAUUGUGGCAUUUUUCUAUUAAUAGAGUGGGGGGGAGGGGGGGGGGGGUUGCUGGUGAACUUGCUUUUCUAUGUCUCUGCAUUUGGUGACAGAUUAAUAAACUUUGAUGUUGAGUAUUUAGAAACUGAAAUGAAUUUUUUUCUGUGCUGCCAGGAAUACCGUCUCAAUGUGGAGGGUCAAAUUGGAAUUGGUGAGCGCUGCAUUCUGACACGAGAUUCAGACAAAUUAAUCUUCAGUUAUUGUUCCACAAAACCCAGCGGACCUUGGGAGUGGGAUCAGGUAAAUUGAUUGAUAUAAUAUUUUGUUACUAUCUAGCCAUUGCGAAAAUAGGAUGGCUUAACCCACGAACUGUGCUGGUUACUAUUCUGUACUGUGCAUUCAAUUUUUAGCUUUUUUGGGUGCCUUUGAAAAAGGUGAUUUUUCACAUGCAAAUACUAUAGUUAGACCCCAUAAAGUAUGUGUUUAUUGAUAUUAAACUGAGUGGGGAAUCGUAUUGGCUAUUUUGUUAAUGCUAUUUUAUACUCUGUGACUGUUACCUUGAAAAUAUAAAUGAAAGGACUGCUUUCAAGCUUAGUAAAUGAAUGAAAUAGCAAAACGAGGUAUGUGGAAGCUUGAAUAAGAUAACAGGACAAAAAACAAGGACGAUUCGGCAUAAACCCUUUCUCAGCCAACAGUAGAAAUAUAACAAAAAACAGAGCACAGUAGACAACUCAAGAAGAAUCCAUUGGUGUCGCCGGAAGUGGGAACACAGGAAGCGAGAGAAUAUAAAUAUUUACACUGUGAAAAAUGAAGUCCACAAUAAUAAUGGACCAGAAUAUCCAGGGAUACAACAACACACAGCAAUAAGAAAAUAGGUGAAAUAUAAGGAAACAGAGAAACAUCAGUAGGAUAUUAAUUGAUUAAUACCAUAUGGCGAUAUGGUGCUAAACAGCUGAAUAAAUUUAUUUUCCAUUUUAACCCUUUCUGGUGUGUUACUGCAUGACAUCAGUGCCGUAAUGGUUACAUCCAAUGCACCUUUAUGUUCUUUUCUGUUGAAAUGAGAAGAGACUGGGGAAGGUUUACAUUGCUCAAUAUCCCUUAGAUGUUCAGUAAACCUAUCAGCCAAUCUUCCCCAGUUUCACCUAUGUAACUAGAUUGGCAUCUACGGCACACAAUAGCAUAUAUUACAUUACGGCUGACACAGGUGAAACCCUCUUUAAUGGUAAAGGUACCUUUAGGGAGGCUAAUGCUUUCAGUUCGGAGUGUAAAGGGACAAGUCAUGCAGCGGCUUCUUAAGAAUGGUUUAGUACCAACGUAAGACGGUUCAGAUCGAAGGCAACUAUGAACCAGAAGAUCACCUAGAUUUCUGUGCCGUCUAAAGACAAUCAGUGGAAGGGAUGAGAAAACCCUGUUGGUAUCAGGGUCAGCAAGAAGUAUACUACGAUUUUUUAGGAAUAUUUUUUUGGCAGUUAAAUUGUGAGGGUGGUAGGUUAGUAUAAGUUUGGUACAAUCUUCAUUGUUGUUUUGGCGAGUUUUGAAAGCCUCUUUUCGUGUGAUCGUGCUGAUGCGAUCUAGUGCUGAGACAAGAGUAGUUUCAGGAUAGAAUCUGGAGCGGAAGAAAUCCAUCCUUUCAUCGGCUCUUUCUAGAAAUUCCUCAAUUUUACAGAGACGCCGGAGUCUAAGAAGUUGUGAGAAAGGUAUAGAAUCUUUGCAUGACUUGGGGUGGGAGGAUGAGUACAAUAGGUAACUAUGGCUGUCAGUUGGUUUGUAGUAGGCAGAUGUAAUCAAUUCAUUUUCUUUCAAAGUUAAGGUGAUAUCAAGGAAGUUGACAGAAUGUCCAGAGAUUUGAGAAGUAAAUUUUAUUGAUGGGUAAAAUGAGUUUAAAAAAUGUAUAAAUUUCUGGAGAUCAUUAGUUUCCAUGGAGUGGAGUGGCCAAGAAUAAAGAAAAUAAUGAAAAGUUUUAUUUUCAAGUACCCCAAACUACAAUUUUUAAAAGGCAUAUUAUUAUAAUGUUUAUAUAAUAUGAUAGCAUUUUUAUAUAUCUUUCAGAAAAUGUAUUAUUUGUAUGUGUUUUAGUUAUUAAUAGAAUUUUUUUUUCUAUUCUUCUGAUACCUGUAAUUACAUUCAAGUAACCAAGCACGACAUAAACAAUAUAAAUAUUACUAAAUAGCAAGAAACAGAUAAAAUUUAAAAAGCUGCUGUAUAAAUAUUUAAUCCAUUAAAUGAAAUAUAAGAAAACAUAUAUGGAACAACAUCCAAUUAUUUUUUGUUGGUUCAAAAUCAUCUGCAACAUAGUUUUGAACGAGUCCUGUUGUUGCGGCAAUGCCUACUCGUUCUAGGCCUAGGUCUAAAUUGUCAGAACUUCCGCUUUCUGACCCACUAGAAAAAUAAUCGGAACUAUAAUUGUCUUUGUGUGUGGUCGGAAAAUCAUCUUCCGAAUCACUUAAGACAUUAACUAAAAAGAAUUAUGAAAAAGAUUCCUACCUGAUUUAUUUUGUAAGCCAGAUGGUCUAGCUAUGGCCUCAUCCAUUUCACAAAAAUCUGCUUACACAAAUUUGCUUGAUAAAGAUCGUUGUAAAAAAUAACUCCAAAGUUUUUAAAAAAUGGACACAGAAAAGCGAAAAAUGGAGGUUUAUUUAUUAUUAUAAGGAAGUAGUUUUAUUUAGUGCAAAAUAUUUGACUGGAAGUUGUUCUUUCAACACAAUUUUUAUCUGCCGAUUAUCUCGGCAGACACAGUACAGGAAGGGGAAAUCAGCAGAUUUAAUCGGCCGACCACUGUUCGUGGGUUAAAAUUAUAACAAACGCUCUGUACAUUUAGUAAACUUAAGAAGAAAUAAGUGUAUUAAACAAUGUUAUUUUUUUUCCUUUCAGGCCAGUGGACUUAUCAGACACAAAGACUUAAAUAAAUGUGUAGCUGCUGAAUCACUUCAUACAUUGGUAUUGAAAACUUGUGAUGAGAAAUCAGAUGCAUUCAAAUGGGAUAUAAUAGAAAUUUAUCCUUGGAAAAGAUCAUAAAUUUGAUUUUUUUAAAUAAAUUUUCCUGUGAGAAUAAUGGCACAUUGUCAUUAUGUAACUUACUAUUAAAUAAAGCUUAGUUACAUUAUUAUUUGCACAAUUUUAAACACAUUUAAAAAAUUUUUUGAGAAAAAUUUGUUUACUUUGCAAUUUUAAUUUUUAUAAAGUUUGGCAUAAAUUUGUCAAUGUUUUGGCUUGCUGCAAGUGAAGUGAAGGGUUAACAUUUAUCUUUAAAAAGUUUUUUUAAUUGUAAUAUUGUUACAAUGUCUUGAUUUACUUUAUGCUGUAUGUAGCUUUGAAACCAUUAGGGCAUUAAAUACUGUGAUUGGCAGCGAAGUCUGUUUUAAUUAAGUUAUCACCUUGUUUUGUGCGUUUCAGAAAAACCUUUAUCUUGAAUUAUAUCUCCCCAUUGCAGAGCAUAUGAUUUUUUUAUAAAUCUUUUUGUGUAAAAAAAAUGUUUUUAAACAAAAAUAAUUAUGGUUGAGUCACAUUCCCCUACCAUGAUGUGUAGAAAAAAGUUUAACUUAGCUCUCUUAUUCAUGGUAAGUAUAAGUGAGAAUAUUAUACAAAUGAUUUCUUAAAAUUUUAGAGGAAAAGCGCCUACAAAUUACUAGAGUAGUGUAUUUUUCUUUAUUUCGAAUCACUUACACUACAGCCCAAAUUUGUAUGCAACUUAAUGCAACACAAAGUGCACCGGUUAGUUUAUGAAUGCCAUCACAUGCGCUGCUAAUUCCAGUUGACAAAACUCAAUUUUUGAGAUUCAUUUUACAAUAUUUAUUGCUUCAAAAGAAAUGUUUCAAAACUUUCCUGCGCAUACAAUUCUAAAUAAUAAGAUAAUAAGGGUGAGAUAUUUUCAUCAUCACCUUAUCAGAAUGCAGCUGUUGUUUUUCAUUUUUCUUUGACUUUUAGUAAGAGAAAAAUGUGUGUUUCCUGGUUAGUUUUUUAACUAAAUUAGAUAAGCUUCUUUUCUGAUUGGCUAUUACCAGAUAUUCUAUAAUUUUAUUAGAAAAUGUAUUUGUUAAAAGCCAAAAAGUCAUGAAAGUGAAAUGUUUAAAAAAAAAUUAUCAUAAGGCAAACAUAUUUUUAUUUAGUUCUGUUUUUAAAUUCUUUAUAUUAAUUUUACUUUGGUAUGUGAGUUUCUUUCUUUCUGUCUGGGUGUGUGACAAAAUCUUGGGACAGCCAAUUGACCCACUUCUCAUCAACCUAUUGAGUGGAAAGUUGGCACAUAGACUCGUUGCGUAUGACAACAAAUUCUUGCAAAUUUUCAGCCCCACCCUUUCAAAAUCAGUUAUUCCUGUUUUUCAAGAGGAAGAUGAAGGAAAUAAGAUCCCACUGAUAUCAUGAAAUAAAAUUCACAAUAACUGUGCUAAAUGAGAUUAUUUAAAAUCAAAAUAUCACAAGUGUGUAAUAUUUUCUUUUGUUUUUUUUAAAUAGUCGAUGUAAUAAAUCUGCUGUAUAAAAGUGGGUGGGACAUUAGUAUAAAUAAAUUAAUAUAAAAUAAAAAUGCACACAAAGGAUUUAUACGAAAAACUUGUUAUUUUUUGGGGUUAUAUAAUUAGCAUUUGACACGUGCUUAAUUUUUAACAUUUGUGAUACUGAAUUGAAAUAUUUUUUUUUAUUGAAGAAAUAAUUUAAUUUAUUUGAACCAUGUUUUGACUUUGUUCUUUUGCUUAUUUACAAUUAUAUGAUUUAAUAGUUAUAACUUUUUAGUUGUUUCCAAAGACUCAAUAAAAAAAAAAAUCAAGCAGUGAAAGAACAGUUUAUUUUUCAGAGGUGAAAAUAACCAUGCAGACACUGCAUCUCAGUAAUUUGGGAAUCGUAACUACAAAAAAUUUAAGCAAUUAAAAAAAUUGGGAGAAAAAAAAAACCUGUUAUGGCUUUGAAAAAAAAAGAAUAAAAUGUUUAGCUACAUAUGAAAAUAUUUGAAUGUUUUUUCAAACUUGGAUGACACUGUUGUAAUCAUUGACCACUUGAAAAAGUGUUUUAUUAUUGUAAUUCAUGCUAAUUUUGCAAUACUCAAGUGCCUUGGGUUGAGAUAAAAAUGCUUUAAAUUACUGGUGAUGGUAAUUUUUUUUAACCAUACUUAAAAUUAUUACAGUAAAUAAAGCUUUGUCAGAUGCGGUAAACAACAUUUUUUGGAAUAGAAUUGUAACUUCCCUUGGGCAUUAAUUUACAACAAAAUUAUUGUUAUUUGUUAUGCUUUGAGGUAAACAUGUUGUGUUAAACAAAAUCAUCAUCUAACAAUGAGGGUCUCUAUUGAUACCAGUGCCUUUAGACUAUUUGUAUGUAUAAGGUUGCAUUUGAAAUCUCAGUCUUCACAAUAAUAAAAGCUGUUUGAAGUGAUUGUUUAUUAUUAACAUUAUAAUUAUAUGCAAUUGAUAUGUAAGAUGUUAACUAAAAUUGUUUAAAUUUCAUGUAAACUGCUCAACUCUUUAUGAAUUAAAUAAAAAUUCUAAGUCUCGUUUAAUUUUUUUUUGAUUGAUUUGGGGGAAGGGGGGUGGUGAUGUUGAUUUAUUUUUUUUGGAGGGGGAGAGAUUGAUUGUUUAUAUAUAAAAUUUGUAAGCU